AUGAUCAUGUGUUUUCUUGGAUGUAUGUGCCACGUCAUGGAUGGGAGUGGUAUGAAGGAAGCUCUCAGCACCAUAUACGCCGCCAAUUUCGUGGACAAGUUGCUAAAUGGACACGCCUACGCAAGAGCUAUCCGAGCGCACAUGCUUGUCCGGUUAGCAUUAGGAAAAAUUAUUAUUCAACAGCUGGUCUUUGAGGAAAAUCUAACAAAUUGUUGGAUUGGUUGCAUUGAGGAUAUUCUGUUAGGCCGGAAAUCUCAUACAAAUUUGUUGGAAAUUGCUCCCAUGUGCUAUUCGUUGGACACAAUGUUCCACGAACGCCUAGAGGAUCUCAAUGAUCGGGGGCCUACAGCGCAGUUGUGGGUGCAAUAUAUUGAUAUGGUGCCAAUAGCUCAUAAUUUCAUCCGUGCUGAAAGACUUGGUGAUUGGAAUGUGCAUCUCACUGUUGUAAAAAAAAUGCUACCGUACUUCCAUGCGUCUGGUCUGUUCUGGUCUUUAUGCCAAGUCAAGGCAUUUGUAUCUACAGGACAUAAUGACAUUAGAUGCAUAGCUAGACUGCAACACUUUUUAGCAGUUUUGCAAAGGGGUUCUUUACUGUUCGACGGACGGAAAAAUUCAAUAGUGGGACUUGGACAGAUAUGGUCAUUGAACAGAGCCAGAUGA